CUGGAGGGAGAUACGCUGGGGUCUAUCUGAAGGAGAGCCACGCCAUUGGCCGCUGAGGGCCCCACGAGGGAGGAGCAAGCGCGAUUCAUGCGCGAAUGUUUGGCUUUCAGCUGUCAGUCACGGAGCUUCCAGCACGGCUUUAUUCCCGGUGCUCACCUGUGCAAGCGUGUUGCAGACAGAAGGAAAAACAUAACAGAAAAAGAAAAGAUGGACGACCAGGGCUGCCCGAGGUGCAAAACCACCAAGUACCGGAACCCGUCCCUGAAGCUGAUGGUCAACGUCUGCGGCCACACGCUAUGCGAGAACUGUGUGGAGAUGCUGUUUGUGCGCGGCUCGGGGAACUGCGUGCAGUGCGACACGCCUCUGAGGAAGAGCAACUUUCGCGUGCAGCUCUUCGAAGAUGCAUCCGUGGACAAGGAGGUAGAGAUCCGCAAGAAGGUGAUGAAAAUCUAUAACAUGAGAGAAUUCGACUUCUCUACCCUGAGAGACUAUAACGACUAUCUGGAGCAGGUGGAGGACAUAGUUUACAACCUGACAAACAACAUCGAUGUAGAGAACACCAAGCUGAGGAUGGAGCAGUACCAGAGAGAAAACAAAGACACCAUCCAGAGAAAUAAGGCGAAGCUGACGCGGGAGCAGGAAGAGCUGGAGGAGCUGCUGCUCCUGGAGCAGCAGAGCAACGAGCAGCGGAGGCUGGACGUCCUGCAGGAGGAGCAGAGGCAGCUGCAGGCCAAGAGGAAGAGCAAACAGGCUCUGCUGGAUGAACUGGAGAAGUCUCAGCUUCCUGCCACCAUCUUACUCGCGCAGCACAAAGUCCGCGCCGCCCAGCUGGAGACCGAGAUCGAGCAGCAGAAGCAGAACGUGAAGCCGACCAGUUUGUUCUCAACUGGAAUCCAGAUAGGCCAGACUGUCUCUCUGCAGCCUUUGCCUAAAAUACAGGAAGUUCUGUACCAGUACAAACCCCUUCAGAUCGAGACCUACGGACCCGCAGCACCGGACCUGGAGCAGCUGAGCAGAUUUGGGUAUCUGAACCACGUCCGGGCCGCCAUGCCGCAGGACACAGCCGGAGGAUACAGCUCCGCUCUGGCGUGUUAUCGAGCCAUACAGGACGCUUUCAGUGGUCUGUUCCCUCUGAAAGACUGAGGCCCCCCUCCUCCCCCUCCCC